CAAACACAAGCCCUGGAUUGAGACGUCGUACCAUGGAAUCAUAACUGAAAACAAUGACACUGUAAUCCUGGAUCCUCCCCUUGUUGCUUUGGAUAAGGAUGCACCUGUUCCCUUUGCAGGUGAAAUCUGUGCUUUUAAAAUCCAUGGACAAGAAAUGCCCUUCGAAGCUGUUGUGCUAAACAAGACAUCUGGAGAAGGUCGCCUUCGGGCAAAAAGUCCUGUUGACUGUGAACUGCAGAAGGAAUACACAUUCAUCAUCCAGGCCUAUGACUGUGGAUCAGGACCAGGUGGAACAAACUGGAAGAAAUCUCACAAGGCAGUGGUCCAUAUCCAGGUAAAGGAUGUCAAUGAGUUUCCACCAACUUUCAAGGAGAGUGUGUAUAAGGCCACUGUGACAGAGGGGAAGAUCUAUGACAGCAUACUGCAGGUAGAAGCCAUAGAUGAGGACUGUUCUCCACAGUAUAGCCAGAUCUGCAAUUAUGAAAUUGUCACAACUGAUGUACCUUUUGCCAUUGACAGAAAUGGUAACAUCAGAAACACUGAGAAACUGAACUAUGACAAACAGCACCAGUAUGAGAUAAAGGUAACAGCUUUUGACUGUGGGCAAAAACAUGCAACAGAAGAUGUCUUAGUACGAGUUAACGUCAAACCAGUGUGCAAACCGGGCUGGCAAGACUGGAACAAACGGAUUGAAUACAAGCCUGGUUCUGGCAGCAAACCUUUGUUUCCCAGCAUUCAUCUAGAAACCUGUGAUGGACCAGUGUCCUCAAUACACACCACCAUUGAAUUACAGACUAACUACAUUGGAAAGGGCUGUGAUCGUGAGACGUACUCAGAAAAAUCGCUGCAGAAACUAUGUGGAGCUUCCUCAGGUGCCAUUGACCUAUUACCAUCUCCCAGUGCAACAACUAACUGGACGGCUGGGCUUCUCGUGGAUAACAAUGACAUGAUUUUUAAAUUUGAUGGAAAGCAAGGAGCCAAAAUCCCAGAUGGAAUAGUCCCAAAGAAUUUAACUGAUCAAUUCACCAUCACUCUGUGGAUGAAACAUGGACCUAGUCCAGGAUUAAGAGCUGAGAAGGAGACUAUUCUCUGCAACUCUGACAAGACCGAGAUGAACCGGCAUCACUAUGCCCUGUAUGUGCACAACUGCCGAUUGGUAUUCCUGUUGCGCAAAGACUUCGAUCAGGCUGACACCUUUCGUCCCGCAGAGUUCCACUGGAAACUGGAUCAGAUUUGUGAUAAAGAAUGGCAUUACUACGUUGUCAAUGUUGAGUUUCCUGUUGUUACAUUAUACAUGGAUGGAACAACGUAUGAACCUUACCUUGUGACCAAUGACUGGCCUAUCCACCCUUCCCACAUAGCCAUGCAGCUCACAGUUGGUGCUUGUUGGCAAGGAGGUGAAGUCACCAAGCCGAGAUUUGCUCAGUAUUUCCACGGCAGCCUGGCCAGUCUCACUAUCCGGCCAGGCAAAAUUGAGAGUCAGAAAGUGAUUUCCUGUUUGCAGGCCUGCAAGGAGGGUCUGGAUAUUAACUCUCUUGAGAGUCUCGGCCAAGGAAUAAAGUAUCACUUCAACCCUUCCCAGUCAGUCCUUGUCAUGGAAGGAGAUGACAUUGAGAAUAUAAAUCAAGCUCUCCGAAAGGUCUCAUACAUCAACUCGAGACAGUUUCCUACUGCAGGCGUACGACGUCUCAAAGUCUCAUCUAAAGUCCAAUGUUUUGGUGAAGAUGUCUGCAUUAGUAUCCCAGAUAUAGAUGCAUAUGUAAUGGUGUUUCAGGCCAAUGAGCCCAAGAUUACGAUAAGUGGGAUGGACCACUUUGCUAGACCAGCUGCACAAUUUGAAAGCGAAAGAGGUGUUAUUUUGUUACCUGACAUCAGAAUUGUCAGCACAGUCACUAAAAUGGAGCAUCCAGUGGAUGAACAUGACAGAGCCACUAGGCCAGUGCUAUUAGAGGAAAUGCUGCACAACUUGGAUUUCUGUGAUGUUUUGGUCAUUGGCGCAGAACUAGAUCCUGAACAUGAGUGUUUAGAACUAGAUCAUAUGGAGCUUCAAGGAAAACAUCUAGAUGCCACAAAUUCCACAGCAGGAUAUUCAGUUUAUGGUGUGGACAGCAUGAACAACUAUGAACAGGUUCUCCAGCAGAUUCGCUAUCGUAACUGGGACACUUCCGGCACCUUUGACAGAAAGUUCAGAGUCAAGUGCUCAGAGCUGAACGGACGUUACACUAGCAACGAAUUUAACUUGGAGGUUAAUAUUCUACACAGCUCCAACUUCAUGGACCAUGUAAACCAUAUGAUAGCGCAGCCACAAUUUCUCCAAUCUGUCCACCACCCAGAGGGAAGCACUACUGCUGUUCACAGCUCAGUUGUUCCAAGUGUGGCUACUAUCGUUAUAAUAAUCUGUGUGAGCAUACUCAUUUUCAUCAUAACCUUGGGCGUCUAUCGAAUUCGGACAGCUCAUCAGCACAGCUCUGCAGACAAUGAAGGAAGUAAAGAAAAUGAAAUGGAUUGGGAUGAUUCUGCUCUGACUAUUACUGUCAACCCCAUGGAGAAAUAUGAAAAGCCUCACCAGACAGAAGAGGAAAGCGAUGAAGAAGACAUAGAAGAUGAAGACGACGACACAAGCAGUGCUGAAUCUGAUGAAAGUGAAGAGGAGGAGGAAGAUGAGGAGGAGGAAGAGGAAGUGAUUGUCCAGAAGGGAGAUAAACAGAAGGUCACCAGGCAAGAGCAGUUGGAGUGGGAUGAUUCAACACUCCCGUACUAACAGCCCUCCAGCCACCUUGCUCUUUUGUAACAACCAAUACAAUGAUUUUUUCAGUCUGUUAAUUGACAGGAUUUUAACUUCUGCUUGCCUAUAACUGUUUUGCCUAAAAUGAUCUUGUUGUAGUUAAUUGGUAAUUAUAGAACUGACCCUUUUCUUACAAAGCCUGGAGAAAACAUGGUACAAACAUACUGGCAUCACCAGUAAUAAAGUAAUCUAGAUCUGUUAGCAAGCGUAGUUCUCAAUUUCCUGUUUCUAUAUUGCAGAUACGUGACGAAAGUCCUGUCACUCGAUCCAUAGAGGUUUUUAUCUUUCCUAUUUUUUUUCAUACAGGAGAGAUUUCAGCUUGUUUAUGAAGAAUUACUUGUGUGGGUCCAAAUAUUAGUUGCCACUUGACUUCACACUCUGUAAAAUACAAUCCACGUUCAGACAGGGGGGAGAGUCUUAGUGCUACAGGUGACAGAGACUGUAUUCCAUUUGUCAUCUCAUCCUGCUUGCUUGGAUGUUAGCUGUCUUCUACACGGGAAGAUCUAGGACUUGACAAGGGAUGCACGUGCACCUGUGUAGAAGUGGACAGUGUAUUUUUCAGGCAUGCUGUCAGAACCCUCAGCACAGGGAUUUCCUCAACCUACCCAUAUUACAGAGAGUUUAAAAAAAAAACAGCAACAAGAAGGGGCUGCUGAAGGUUACUGACAAAAAUCAUUGUGUCAACAGACUGAGUAAUGUCAUCUUAUGCAAACUGUAAAUUCUAAUGGGAUUGAUUUAUUGAAAACCUGUAGAGCUGCUCAUUAGUUAUGGAUUGAGGAAUUUGCAGCAAAUCAAUGCUUUAAACUGUCUGUCUUGUAAAAUCAUUAGCUUGCUGCAGCAUCUUACUGAAGUAGUGGAAAAUUAGUGACCCCAUUAUUCCAUAGCUGUGUAUGGCUGGGAUUUAAACAAUGAUUUUACAUGAGGAAAAUGUUCCCUUUUGAUUAGUGAAUGCCAGCUGGAAUUCAUGUCUGACUGUAUUCUAUAACACAUUAUGUCCUAUUUCUUCUCUACCCUUACCCAUUUAUGAGUGGCACAAGAGACAGUGUCAGCAUAUACAGCAUACACAACUGUCAGCUCUCUUUUGCACUCAUAAUUCUCCCUUAUUUCUUCUUCCUAAAGCCAUUAAUGUUGAGAAAAGGUUUUGUAAAGUAGAACAAGAACAAAUAAAACCUACCUGGAACCAAAAGAAAGAAGUGAAAACAAAACCUGAAAUCUUAAGAGGUCGAGAGAGUAUUUUACUUUGUUAUGGUAACACAGCAUAUUUUUCUUAAACACUGUUUAAAAAGGAAUUAAAAAAAAAAAUAGAAACAAAGCUAGUACAAUGUGUUGUUAAGUCUGUGUGGUGUGGGUUUUGUCCCCUUAAUUAUCUUUGUAUCUUCAAAUGCUCUGCAUAUCAAACAAUACAGCUAGGAUAACUGCUCUGAUGCAUAAAAACCAAAAUGGCAUGGAAGUGAAUGCUGUCGGGUGGCUUGUCUGGUUUGGUUUUUUUCUAGGUACUUCCUUUUCUUUAUAAUUUCAUCACUGAUUUUUGCUUUUACUUUUGUAAUUUGCUGUUUAAAAUUAGCUGCUUCCUCUCUCCUCGAGAAAGCAGCAGUCAGCCUUGCCACAACAGGACCUUCCCGAGCACCCAUCAUCAGUGGUAGUUAAUAUUGCAGAGAGUAACUUGAACAAUCUUGAGGCUAGCCCCCUCCCUUAGUACUGAAUUAUUAGCAGCUUCUGUACGUCUUGGAAUAUAGAGAAUAUAUUGUGGGUUUAGGCCUUUUAAUUCCAGCUUCUGUGUCUGAUAGUUGCAGGAAAGGAUUGACAGCAACUAGACCUUGUUGUUCAAUAAGUAGAAAGUAAAUGAAAAUAAUUCUAAAUUAAUUUUUAAAUUAAAGAGUUCUUAUGUUCUUUUUGUUGUGCCAACAUGAUUGUAAAUACUGGCACUAUAGAAGUGUUGUUAUGAUGUGAGCAGUCCUGUUUUAUUUUUAUUCUGGUCUCACAUAUAUUCAACUUACAAGACCAUUUGCAGAAUCAUUCCCACAUAAACAAACACAGUUUAUCUGCAGGUGUGAAAAUAGUAAAUUUGGCCAUGUUUCAGUUUAAUAAAAAACUAAUUUUAAAAUUAAAGUGCUAAAUAACUUGAACAGAAAUUUUAUGUUAGAUCAUUUCCUGGCAUCUUAGUAUCCGAAAUAACUUCCUAGUGUUGAUUUUUUGUUAGGGACAUGAAGCAGGCUCUUCAUGAUGCUUGUUAGCUGCACAUAUCAGCAAAGCUUUCUGCUCAGAAAAAGAGAAAUUUAAAAUUAAAAGUAGCUACUUAAAAGUCAAUUUCAGAUUUAAAAAUGGACUCUGAUUAUUUUUACAGUUUCUGUUAUUCCUGAUUAUUUAUUAUUAUCACAGCAAACAUUAGGGCAACUUGAAAACAGCAUUUUACAACCUUAUUGACAGCCUUUAAUUCUUUUAUAUGUUCAUGUGUCCAUCAGUGUGUUUCUCCAUCUAACAGAUUUUUAUCCUUUUGCUUUGUUCAGGUCUUGCUGGUACAUUACACAAGAAGCAAAGUAUUUUCUCUACUGUAAAUAAACCUACAUUUUUAAACCUAAGCAAAGUAAUAGAGGCAUGUGUAUUAUCACUAAAAUUUGGGUUGCAACAAGAUACUGAGCAAACAAAAAUGUAUCACUGUGCUUAUUUUAGAUUACUCAUUGGAGUGCAUAAUGCAGCAUUUUUCAUUUAAAUAAACAGAAAAAUCCUUUUCACAAAAUGUUCUAGUGAGAAUGAGAAAAUUCUUCACAAAAUGAACCUUAGAAUUAAAAUAUUUGUAUAGCGGUUGACAGCAGUGGCUUCCUGAGAUAAAGCCUACUAGUGGAAUAACAUAGGAACACUGUUUUCUCCCCUCCAUGAAUUACUGGUUUUGAUCCAAGCUACUUGCUUCAAGGGAAACUAGAAGACAUACAUAAAUAUAUAUAUAUGAACACAUAGGCAUGCACAUCUUUCUUUUUUCCUCCCUAAUCAGAAGCCACAGGUCUCUCCAUUCCUCUCUGAAAAAGAAGUGCUUAGAAUCAUAGAAUCAUUUAGGUUGGAAAAGACAUUUAAAUUCCUCAAAUCUAACUGUUAACACCCAGCACUGCCACACACACACCACUAACUGAUGUCCCUAAGCACCACAUCUACACCUCUUAAAUACCUCCAGGAAUGGUGACUCCACCACUUCCCUGGGUGUGCAGAGAAGGUGUCCAUAAUACAUGGUAUGAGCAGUCUGUGACACCUGAGGUCUAAAAUGACAUCACAUCAGUGAAUCUCUUUAAUUUUUGAAAUUCUAAUCUAAGGCUGGAAAAAGCUGCGAAACCUACGAAUAAAAAUUCAAGGUGUGUUGUCUGAAUUAAUGUAACUGCCAAAGUUGCUUUUUCUGAUCAGUUGCUUGCUUCUGUUUCAGUUCUGUCCCCUCCACAGGUAUUUCAUAUUUGCAAGCAAACCUUAAAAUGCAUAGUUGUUGAUAUUAAUCUCAAUAUUUACUGCUUUGGCUGACACCAGUUCAAAUUAGUAACAGACAUGUAGAGUUUCAUGACAUCUUUAAUACUAAUUAAAAAUAAAAUGUCAUUAUUUGCAGCUAAAUUAUUUAAUACCUUAAUACUAAUUAAAAAUAAUUAGUACUAAUUUAAUACUAAUUAAAAUAACUUUAAUACUAAUUAAAAAUAAAGCAUCGUUAUUUGCAGCCAUAGGAGUGACAGCCAUCCUUGUCCCUCAAAGAUCCAGGUGUAGCCAAAAAACACCACCACUCCCAUACUUAUAUUCAAACCAUGCAACACUUUGCAAUGUAACACAAAUACCUUCUACAGCACCCAGAAGCAAACAGUGAUCCUGGACAAUCGAUGUAGACUUAUGUCAAAUGGUUUUGGGUUUUGGUUGGUUGGUUUUUGUUUUAAAAAGAAAAAAAGCCUAACAGGCAGUGUGGGAAGCAUUGUAAAUUGAAAUGUAUUAGGUCCCUUAAUGCUGCAUGUUUCAGAUUUCCAGUGAAGGAGAUGAGAGUCUGAGAUGAACCAACAAAAGAAAGUGCAUCCAGUGAUCAGAGUGUUUGCUUUUAGCACUAGGGUGUUUUGUUGCUUGCAGCUCGGGGUUUUUUUUUUUUGGUAGGCUCUCCUGAAAUCCAGAUUCUGUUUAAUUAGGGUGGAAAAUAAAGACAGGUUUGAAAGAUGAGCACGAAAAUUACAGCAGUGUAAAGCACAUACCCUCUUAACACACCCAAUCUCAAGAAGCAUUUCUGUUAAAUCUAUUAAGAAAGUUACUCCAGUGGUAUCUCACGAGGUAAUUAUAUUUCAUUACUUUUGUACAGAUAACAAGGCACAACCCUGGUACAGGUUGUUUUGGGGGGGUGAUUUCUUUGUUGUUGGGUUUUUCUUUUUUUUUUUUCCCUCCCUAAGGAAGACAUCAUAAAAUAAAAACUCACAAUGCUUGAACAGAACAAAACUGAAAGGGGAGCAAGGGCAUUCAUUUCACAAACCUCUAUCUAACAAAGGGGUUUAAGAUAACAAACACUUCUAACCCACAUUAUUGCAGCCUAACACACAGGAAAUGAACCCAGUAUGUUUUAUACAUUCAUAUUCCUGGUGACGAAAAGGCAGUUACCAGAUCCGGAAGUCUAUUUCCCUAGAGGAACUUUGCUGCUUUUUUGAGUAGAUAUUGACAGUAGCUUGCUAGUUCCAAGUCCCAUUUCUCUGCUUGUAAAUACGAAUAAUGACACCGACAUCAAAGUACUAUGAGACCUGUAGCUGAAAAGCACUGUCCAAGAGCUUGGUCAUGUUCUGAUUCAGUAAUUCUCUCGCAGCUCUACUUACAGCCCUCCAUUGUGGAGCACCCUAUACACACCCAAAAUGAAUGACAUAAUGGUUACAGUCAAGAAUUCUGGGCUCUUCUUUCAUUAGUUAUGGCAUAUGAAGAAAUACAAGUUUGAAAUAUUACAAACAUUUAAAGCAACAUUCAGAAAAAGCCCUCAUUUCUAUUUUCAACUCUUACUCAUGGGGAAAUUGUGUAUUCAUCAGCUGUUCAAGCUAUAGGGCCAUGUACUGUCAUUAUUUAUGCCUAUGCUGAAAACAAGCUGAAGAAUUACUUUUCCCAGCUAAAUAUAUUGUACAAUGAGAGUGCAGCUUUCAGUAGGGUAAGUGCAUAAAGCCUGCUCAAAACAAAGAGAAGCUGGCUCCGAAUGGGAGACUAAGGAUUUACAAUCAUAUUCUAUUCGCAUGUUUCAGAAACACGGAAGAUUUCAUGGGAGUAAAAGGCCUUUUUGCUGCCCUAUUAUUUUUGUAUAGAAUAUGGACGGUUUUGGGUUUUCAGAGGGGUUUAUCUUCCUACCUGGAUAUGAAGUUCUUCCAGGUUCCUUAUGCAUAUUAACCCAUGAAGUGAUUUGGCUGAAGAGUUCAGGAUAACCUAAGGAUAAAAGAACAAAAACAAAUUGUUAAAAUUAGAUUCUUUCUAUUCCUGCCUCCCCUAAAUAUAUAAACAGACGCAAAAAGACUCGAUCAGAUAACCCUGACCAUGUCUGUGACUACAGUGACAUUUCAAACCAGUACAGAAAUUGGCAACACAUUCUUGUCUACACUCUGCUUAGUGUGCACACACACAGGUGGGAAGGUGGAUGGUGGUUUUAACUGGGCAUGCGCUUUGGAAUGUGGAAUGGUUUGACUGCAGUCAGUUCGUUCAGAAUAUUGAACCAUUUUUUAGGGAAGAGAAUAAGGCAUGAAUAGAAAACAAAAAGUUAAGGUCUCCAGCUGAUGGGCAAAAAAAAAAAAAACCUGGAAUUUAAUCUUCUAGAAACAAGAGACAUUAGAAUCUUGAGUGUCAAACAGUAAGAAAAUGGAAAUACGCUAUCUUCAUGUCCAGAACUGACAGCUAUCGGAAUCAGUGAGGAGGAAAACAAAUAUAGGAUGUUGAAGGAUUUGAUCAUGUAGCUCCUUGUUAGCUCCUCCACAAACUGAUCCAAGUAAUGUGAGCUACUUCUCAAAAGAUGAGGGUUUUUAUAUUCUGUUGUAAAUACUGCACCAACAGAAGCUUGAGUAAAUACAUAAUUGUGGUUAACAGACAGUUCUGUUCAAAGGGUCAUCACAACAGGAAUGGAAUUGUUGCUUUGCAGAGUAAUACACACUACAGUUAGGAUUCCUAGUAACUGUUUCAUUUAAGUUUCAGUUAUUUAGAAGUUGCUGCUUGACUCAUUAAAUCCUAGAACUAAAGAUUAAAAGACACAAAUAAAAAGUAGUACUGGUAAAAUACUAUGCUAACGGUGCUGAAUUAAUUGUUCCCUAGAAUAUAUUUUCUAGUGUUAGGGGUGGGGGUGUUUCAACCUACUUAGAUAUUUUUAAGCUUCUACUUCUUCCCCUAGGAGGUAAUUCUACAGUCUAUUUGAAAGCUUUUCCUGAUAAUGAAUUUAAAUAAUCCUUUUUGUAAUUUUUAUCUCAUUAGUCCCAGUUACAUCUUUUGCACCACCCUAAAUGAUUCCUCUAACGGUGAUAUAUAUCCUUUGAAUAUUUGCAGAUAGUUACCAAGUUGGUCAUUUAUUAGAGCAUUUAUGAAUCCCUCCUCCUUCCAGUUCAUUCCUUCAGUCUCACAUUUCUGUCUUCGGUCUCACUCUUUCUGUACAAUGUCAUUAAUACACAAACUAAAAACCUGGUAUUUCUGUAAGUUAGUAAUGGUCACUUCACUCUGUUCACGUGCUCUGUGUUGGUGUGUGUGUGACUGCAGAGGUUGACAAAGGCUAAACAAUAAAUUCUUAUUGAAACUUGAUCUUAAAAAAUUAUUGCUGUAAUCUAUGGGUAAGUUCUCAUAUAAUGUAAAUGUGGCAGUGUCUUUCAUGUCAGUAUGAUUUAACAAAGCCAGCCUAUAAACCUUAAUAGCCAACCAAACAAUAAUGCAAAGUAGUAAUUUGUUAACAUUUAGAUUGUCAUAAUUAGGUUGAAAACAGACAUUGUCAUUCAUGCUUUUAAGUGUCCCUAUGCUAAACAGUAACUAUUACCAGUACAUUCCUUUAGGACAGAUUAGUAUAUGUUGUGCCACCUCAAAUCUCGUUGGUAUAAUGCACCUGCUUUCUAAACCAGUUACUCAAGAUUUCUAGCCAUAUGGUAACUGCUGCAAAGAAAUAGAAUUGUGCCAACUUUUCCAAGUACUGCCAUGCAUAACAUAAUACUGCAAAUCUGCAAUGCAUUUAUGGUCUCUGAGUGACACCAUGACUAUAUGGUUAGUUUUCAAGCAUGUCUCAAGCAAACCCCAGUUUAAAACAGAGAAAGAUGUACAAAGUCAACCCACGUCUUUUAUUUGAUGUAUUUCCUUCUUCUAACCCUACUUUCUGUACCUGAAAGCCAGAACAGAACUAAAAUCCUUGUGCUCAAAGUUCCACCGCAUCACUAAGACCCAAGUGAAACAAAACCAUCAUCCUCAUUUGCUCUAUCUAAAAGGAUUGUUGUAAAAGGGAGAGCAGGCACGCUAAGUGUUGACUUAAGGAUGCUAUAUGCUUCCCUCAGCACUUCUCUACCCCUAAUAGGUGUCAAACAGCAUUGUAUAAAUAAUAUUGUAGGGAAUGACAAAUUGCCAUCAUUGGUUUUAGGUCACAUGAACAGAAGAUGACUGCUUUGGCAUUGGCUAAUACAAUGGAUAAGAAAAGCUAGCAGAAAUAGCAUUCUGUUUUCUACAAAACGGUGUCAUUAUAGCUUCCUGUCACUUCUCUUUUGCCCACCUUUCCAAAACCAGCCACUGCAUGAAGACUAACUUAAAUCUAGUAGACUAUGUAGGGAGAUGAUGAAGCCAUGCAAAGUGAGGUUGUAACACAAAGGGAGAGAAAAAAGAAGAGGAAUUCCUGAGCAAGGAACUGUGAAGCAUGACUUAAGCUGUGAUGAGUAGCAGAGCAGGAAUCAGACAUUCACCCUGAAUAUUGUUGGCGUUUGGUGGAAGGGGUUGUUUCUGGUUAGAAUUAGCCAUAUAGUUAUGAAAUCUGUUAGUGUAGGAUUUUGAAGAGCUAAAAAAUAAUCUCAGCAUGUUGAAUCUGACAGCUGCACGCUCUAGUUGACUGGGACAGUUCUAUUUCAUAUUUCAUCAUAGCUUAACAGUAAAAGUGAUACUUCAUCUAUCUGCACAAAUCUAGAACUUUUCAUACACAGUUCAUCAUUUCCCUGAUUUACUUCCAUGUUGGUGCAUUAGUUCUUGUUGAGGAGCAGUAACUGCAGUUGGUAGCGUAUAUUUUGUAGCUCAGGAUUUUUUCCUAGCAGUCCAGUCUUGGUAUAGUUGUGGCCACUUCUAUUGAUAAUAAAAAAAAUACAUCAGAUGGGAUUCGAAUAAACAUAUCAUUAAGGAGUUGUGACCCCUUUAGUGUGUCUCAAAACAACAGACACAUCAGGAGAGAUGCUCAUUGUUAAAAAUACCUAACGUAUAUGUCAAUCAUAAACCACUUCUUGACAUGUCAUUGCAGAUGCUAAAUGCAUUUAUGAAAGUGCUAAUCUAUACAAUUUAUGCAGAAUGAGAAAUUAAAUGACCAUAUGCAAUUAAAAAGGUGAAUAUGAAAUGAAAAUAAUUUAUGAACACAGAUACAAAUCUGCUGGUUUGGUUUUUGUAAAAAAGGAAAACGACCUUUUCUUCAGGAAAAUGCUCAGUAAAUUUUGACACAGUAAAGUACAUAUAGUAGGAAUAAGUUGUACAAAACCCCUUCCAUGGCAUAGUGGUGUAUUUCGUAAUAAGCCAUGUCGAUUUGCACAGUCAUUUAUGAACUCAAGAUUGUUAAUAUCCAUGUGUUUGCCACCUGAUUAAAUGCAUAAUGGAAAUAGAUCUGUUAUUUUAAAAUCUGGCCUGUACAUCUGUACAUGUAUAAAACCAGGUUCAUUUUUGUGGUCACUAUGGCACUUUCUGUGAAUUGGCCAAUAAAUAUAAUUUUAGAAUUUCACAUAAAA